AUGGACCAGUCUGAUCUCAAUACACAACACACGAGGGAGGCGACCAUGCCUCGCCAGGAACCCCCGCAGCCGCAUGCCAACGAAGUAACCCCGAUAGUGAGCCACGACAGCUCGCAACGGCGACGGUAUAACUCGACCGAGAAUGUCCUGAGAGGCCCGGAUGCGGGGCAUGGUAAAUUUUCGACAGGUCAGGGCUCCAGGGCUCAAAGCCGACGAAACUCGGGGCUGGCGGGUUCCGAUGAACCCAAAGCGCCCUGGUACUCUCGGAUCGCGGACAGAUAUGGUAGUUUAGAGCUGGAGAAUAAGGGGAGCGUUGCUCGCGAUCAUCUUGCUUUAGAACGAACAUUUCUCGCGUGGCUGCGAACUUCGCUAGCAUUUGCGUCCAUUGGGAUCGCAGUGACACAACUCUUUCGCCUGAGUAAUACUUCAACGCAAACCCAAGACAGUAUAGAGAUUGCAUCCGACAGUGUAUCUUCACUGCUACCAUCUGACUACGAUGGUCCCGCAAUCAUAAGGAUAUCAGACACCUCUGAGCGGCUUCGCAGUUUAGGAAAGCCGCUAGGCACAACGUUCCUUGGGGUCGCGAUACUCAUUCUCUUGGUUGGUUUCCAUCGCUACUUUGAGAGCCAAUACUGGAUUAUCCGAGGCAAGUUCCCGGCCAGUCGCGGCAGUAUCGCCCUUAUAGCCUUUGUAGCUGGUGCUUUGAUUGUAGCAGCGCUGGCUGUCAUCAUCGCUAUCUCUCCUGGCGCCCGUGAAAAUUAA